UUCCAACCAGCACUGGCUAAAGAGAAGAGCCUUUGUAUGUUUGUUUUCAGUGAAAAUGUUGGUUAUAGGACAUUGUCGUGGAAACACAAAAAUUUUGGCGGUACACGACUCACUGGAACCCAAACCCAGUCCAGACUCUGUCGUUCUCAUUAGCUCACAUUGUAAAAGAGUGAAGUAAAAUUUUACCACAGUUUAUAUUCACUAAAGCUUUAUAUUGAUGACUUUUCACUUUAAGGUAUCUCUCUAAAGCCAAGCCUGAGUCACAAAAAGGGAAAGAGGCCACACCCAAGCUACUGCUGUUCUCUUAGUGGUCCUUGUGCUGAUGAUGUCAUCACCACUGUUCAGUCGGACAACCUGAGCUUGUCCACACCACAUCUGACCAUACAUCAGCACAGAGCAGAAGGGAGAACGAUGAGCUCUUUUACACCAUGUCUUGCCAUGAUCCUACUGACUGUACUUACAAACAUCAGCACUGCACAAAACGCUUCUUGUCCACUGUAUAUAAACAUUUCUGAGCCCUGGCGCAAUGUUGGCUUUUGUUCCUCCACUUGUAAUAAGAGUGACAGUAAGCUGAUGGAGGGAUGGUACCGCUUCAUUGGUAUAAGUGGAAACCAGGUAGUCACUUCCUGCGCAAACGUCCAAAAUAACACCAACGGAAAUGUCCCAAAUUACAACUUAUUCACAUGUAAUUCAAACAUCACAUAUUUUACUACCUGCAGCGAAGGAUUCAUUGUCUACUACCUCCGACCUACCAAAGGAAUUUAUGCCACACGUCAUUUAUUAUGCAGUAAUUCUUCCUGUGGAUCGAAUGCUUAUUGUGGUACUGUUUACGGCAGCUGUGUGUGUACACCAGGCUAUACAAUUUCAACAGAUAAAGACACAGCCGGAUGCACAGCUCUCACACUGCCUAAAGAUUGCCAGACAGCAGCAUGUGCAGAGAAUUUUCUGAACAAUCUUGACCAACUCCUAAACAAUUCAGGCCCACUAGAACAGAAGACUGUGGAACUUUAUUUGGCCUCAGUAAUGAACGUUACAUCUGUUGUUGAAAAUGCUACUUCUGAGAAGCUAAUCUCCUACGGAAAUAAAGUACUGGCUGUCACUGAGAGACUGGUGUCUUCACUAGUGACACCAACAGAGACCCAGAACACAACAAGCAUAAAUCUCAGCGAUUUGGAGGGUCAAGUAUUUUCAGUUGGAAAAAUGACUUCUUUGACUGAAAUUCCCCCUCUCGUCACGAGCAAUUCUUCUCUGAGUAUUGAUCUCAUUGGGAUUUCCAAGAAAAACAAUGGAUCAGCAGCUGUGGUCUUUGUGAGCUACAACAACAUGGGCAACAUCCUGAAACCUACAUUCUUCAACAAAAGUUCCAACAAAAACACACUUAAAACCAUGAUGUCUACUGUGGUGUCAGCAACGCUUCCUAGCAUCCCGGGCACAAGCCUCAACAAACCAGUUGAUUUCACCUUCAAAUAUGCUAAAGAAUUAGGUCGUGAUGCAAAACUCUUCUGUGUGUAUUGGAAUGAGAGUAAAUGGGUUGAAGAUGGUUGUAAUGCCACAGAGAGGAACAGCACUUACACAGUGUGCUCCUGUACUCAUCUAUCUACCUUCGCUCUCAUCAUGCAGACCGAGCUGGUCAACGGUGAUGAUGAUGAGAUCAUAGAGCUCAUUAACACAGUGGGUGUGUCCGUGGGGUUGUUGUUCCUCUUCUUGACUAUAUUGACUCUUGCUGUCUGCCAGCGAGGCCCCAAAGUGACCAACGUGGCUUUGCUCAACCUGUCUAUAAGCUUAUUUUUUGCUCACCUGGUUUUCCUGCUCACACAACAGUACCAGGAGAAUGUAAAACAGUCUCAGUUCUCUCAGUUGUGUGAAGUGUUGGCUGGUGUCACACACUUCUUAUUUUUAUCAGCGUUUGUGUGGAUGUUCAUUGAGGCGGUUUUGCUGCACAUCUGUGUGAAGAACCUUUCACGGAUCAGCUCGAAGCAGGUGGACGUGCUUAACUGGAAAUGCAUGAUUGUGAUUGGAUACAUCAUCCCCCUGGUUUUGGUGGGCUUGACUUCUGGACUGUAUCCUGAUGCCUACAGUAUAGAUCAUUGCUGGCUUCAGGCUGAUGUCAUCUGGGCAUUUCUGGGUCCUGUGUGUGGCAUUAUUGCUAUCAACUUUCUCCUUUCUUGUGUGAUCAUCGCAAUUCUCCACCGCUCUUUGUCUAGCCUGGAUAAAUCCAUUUCCCACCUAAAACACACCCGGACUCUUGUGUUAAAAACCCUGCUCCAGUUUGUCAUUCUUGGCUGCCCCUGGGCUUUAGGCUUCUUCACUGAGCAAAACAACAUGAUAAAGAUCAUCUUCCUCUUCUUAAAUUCGCAGCAGGGAACCUUCAUCUUCAUCGUUCAUUGUGUCCUCAACCAAGAGAUCAGACACCAGUACAGGAAGUGGUGGGAUGACCUUUACCACUGCUCCAAGUACAAGGCCAUGUCAGAAGACCAGAACAGAGCUUCACAUUCACACGCAAAUUAACAUGAAACAAUGUUAAUGUCUUGUUUAAAGGACAAUAUGACAGUGUAUCACAUGACCAAGGAAUAUUUCAGGAAGACAAAUAUGAGAGUUGUAAUAUGAUGGCUGAAAUUUACCAUUUGGUUUCAUGUAAAUCUUGGUUGAAGUACAUUUAAAACCUGUCAGAGUGACAACAGCAUUGUUUACAUCCCAUUUCUCCACAAUACGCUUGAUUACACAGAGAAUCUGAAAGGAAACAGUCUACAAACUCAACAGAGCUAUUGUCUUUUUUCAUCAUGUCAUACUGGAGUGCAGAAAUAUCUACAUAUCAAAAGUGUAAAGAAACCCUGAGAAGAUUUUAUAACUGUGCUGUUGACUUUAUCCAGACCAUACUUCAGUAGUUUGCUGUUUGAUUUAAAAGCCUUUCACUUCAUAAUCAUUUGUAAACACUUCAAAUCAUAACCUGAUGAAAACUGCUGUUUUCUCAUAAGGUUAUUCCUCUUUCCAUGUUUUACAAGAAUAUAUAAUCUUACAUUUAUAUCCAUGUUCUUAUUCUGUUUUUGUGUUGUGACAUCUUGUUUUUUGUAUUUUAACUGCACAUUAUUUGCUUUUACAAACUGGUAUUUAUUAUAAGAUUUAUUAAUUUAUAAUAAGAUUUAUUUUCAAAGAUUUACUAAUUUAUUUUUAAUUUAUAAGAUAUUUAAUAAUAAAAACAAUUUGUUCUAUGUUGUCUCAUGUACCUCUCUGUUUUAUGUAUUUUUGUAUCUGCCAUUGUUUCAUGUGUAUGACCCUUGCUGUGUUUAUUCCUGCUGACUGUUCACUGGUUAUUUGGAUUACUCUGCCUGUUUUUUCAACUAGAUUUUGCCCACUGCUUCCACCUCUGGGGGUUCUUCGCAGAUACUGAUGUGGCCCAGGAGAUAAUUAUGUGUGUGGUUUUUUUUGUGAUUGUUUUAAUAAAUCUGCAAUGAAAUAGGUUUUUAUGAAUA